CUGAUAAUUUCCAUUAUCACAAACAUUACUGUAUGUAAAUAGGUUUCAGUAAACUAAAUGUUAGUUACAGUGAUGUGGAUAUUACAUGCUAGUUCAGUGGGAGAGGUAUAACCAUUGACAACAACUACAUUGUAUUGUUUAUUAUUGUUUCAGUGAUUUAAAGGUGACGUUGGAGAGCGUAAUGGAGCGGAUUGCUUCUCGAGUAAAUAAUGACAGCACUGUACGCUUCAAUAUUGUAAGAAGAAAUGUGUGGGAUGGAGCAUCCAGAGCCAUGGGCAGGUCCAAUUUUUCACCCGAGAAGAAGGUUGACGUUAAGUUCACUGAUGACUAUGGGAUAUCUGAGGGUGCUGUGGACAAUGGAGGUCCUACUCGUGAGUUUUUCCGACUCUGUCUACACGAAAUCAAGGACAAGAUUGGCAUCUUUGAGGGUCCACCUAAUGCUAAAGUCCUUACAUGCAACUCCAAAGCAAUGAAAGACAAUGGAUACUUUUAUGCUGGUCAGAUCAUGGCAAUGUCAAUCGCCCAUGGGGGGCAGAGUCCGUGUUUCCUUUCUGAACUCUUGUACGAGUGUCUUAUAAAGGGUCCAGACAAUGUGAAGGUCAAAACUGAGCAUAUUACUGAUGAAGAAACAAGGUCACAGGUGCAGUCGAUCAUACGGCGGGCUGAGACUGAAUCACAACUGCAAGAGGCAGUUGCACAGGCAGCCAGCUUAAUCAGUCUUGCUGGUCACAAUGUUCGCAUAACACUGGAAAACAAACAAGAGACUGCUUUGGACUUGGCACACUGGUAUGUCCUCCAGCGGACCCGUGCACCUUUUGAAAGAGUACUGUCCCAAUACACAAGUUUGCAUUUCACCAAGAACAGUUAA